UGCUUCCCACUGCUUCAGUUAUUUCAAGUGUCAUGUCAGCUGGCCAGAAAAGAAGCUUCUUGGGAACCCUGCCUUCCUGUUCCUCACUUCCCCUCUCUCCUCCUUUUUUGAGACGGAGUCUCACUCUGUUGCUUAGGCUGGAGUGCAGUGGUGUGAUCUCGGCUCACUGCAACCUCCUUCUCACAGGUUCAAACAAUUCUGUUUGAACAUGAACCAGGCAUGAACAGGCAUGAACCACCACACCCGGCCUCCCUCUUUCCUCUUAACCUACUGUUCUGCACAUAGCCCGGGGCAUGCUGCUGAAUGCUGUUCAGUAAUUGCUGUUUUUUUUUUUUUCUUGGUAGUUCAGAUCAGAAACAUGGUGUUUCCUCUGGUACAUCUGCAGUUCACAAAAGUGACCCUGACUACAUGCUUUGACUCACAAAAAGAUGAUUAGUUUUGAUUGUGAAGCAUUUGGAAUGAAGGAAUUUAAUCUGGAAUGAAGGAACUUUAAAAGGUUGGGAGAAUAUCAAAUUGGAACUGUUAAAUGACAUGCAACUGGGAUCUAUGAGAAUGGUUUUGAUUCUGCUCUGUCUCCUGGUAGGAGAUACUAAAUAGAUCAGGCUCACUACCAAUUAGCAUCAUCUUAAUCUUGCCUAAUAGUGAAGCAAAGUCACCAAGGAUUUGGUGGAUUUAUCGGCUCCUCCCACAAUAGUCAUCUGAGGCUAACACCUCUUGGAACCUAGGUCGAAAGAAAGUCCUUUGGUAACGAUGUGUCAUACAUUCUAGUCAUCAAAGACACCAUUUUCUGGGCUUGAAGUGUUCUGCUGGUUUUGGAAGGAAUGAGAAUCCAACCUCUCAUAAGCCGGAUUCAGAAAAUAGGUCAUCGAUGAAACAUCUGUAUGGAUUAUUUCACUAUAAUCCUAUGAUGCUUGGACUUGAAUCACUUCCAGAUCCCACGGACACCUGGGAAAUUAUAGAGACCAUUGGUAAAGGUACCUAUGGCAAGGUCUACAAGGUAACUAACAAGAGAGAUGGGAGCCUGGCUGCAGUGAAAAUUCUGGAUCCAAUCAGUGACAUGGAUGAAGAAAUUGAAGCAGAAUACAACAUUUUGCAGUUCCUUCCUAAUCAUCCCAAUGUUGUCAAGUUUUAUGGGAUGUUUUACAAAGCGGAUCACUGUGUAGGGGGACAGCUGUGGCUGGUCCUGGAGCUGUGUAAUGGGGGCUCAGUCACUGAACUUGUCAAAGGUCUACUCAGAUGUGGCCAGCGGCUGGAUGAAGCAAUGAUCUCAUACAUCUUGUACGGGGCCCUCUUGGGCCUUCAGCAUUUGCACAACAACCGAAUCAUCCACCGUGAUGUGAAGGGGAAUAACAUUCUUCUGACAACAGAAGGAGGAGUUAAGCUCGUUGACUUUGGUGUUUCAGCUCAACUCACUAGUACCCGUCUACGGAGAAACACAUCCGUUGGCACCCCAUUCUGGAUGGCCCCUGAGGUCAUCGCCUGUGAGCAGCAGUAUGACUCUUCCUAUGACGCUCGCUGUGACGUCUGGUCCUUGGGGAUCACAGCUAUUGAACUGGGGGAUGGAGACCCUCCUCUCUUUGACAUGCAUCCUGUGAAAACACUCUUUAAGAUUCCAAGAAAUCCUCCACCUACUUUACUUCAUCCAGAAAAAUGGUGUGAAGAAUUCAACCACUUCAUUUCACAGUGUCUUAUUAAGGAUUUUGAAAGGCGACCUUCUGUCACACAUCUCCUUGACCACCCAUUUAUUAAAGGAGUACAUGGAAAGGUUUUGUUUCUGCAAAAACAGCUGGCCAAGGUUCUCCAAGACCAGAAGCACCUAAAUCCUGUUGCGAAAACCAGGCAUGAGAGGAUGCAUACCAGAAGACCUUAUCAUGUGGAAGAUGCUGAAAAAUACUGCCUUGAGGAUGAUUUGGUCAACCUAGAGGUUCUGGACGAGGAUACAAUUAUCCAUCAGCUGCAGAAACGUUAUGCAGACUUGCUAAUUUACACAUAUGUUGGAGACAUCUUAAUUGCCUUGAACCCCUUCCAGAAUCUGAGCAUAUACUCUCCACAGUUUUCCAGACUUUAUCAUGGAGUAAAACGUGCCUCCAAUCCCCCCCACAUAUUUGCAUCAGCAGAUGCCACUUACCAGUGCAUGGUUACUCUCAGCAAAGACCAGUGCAUUGUCAUCAGUGGAGAGAGUGGCUCUGGGAAGACAGAAAGCGCCCACCUGAUUGUUCAGCAUUUGACUUUCUUGGGAAAGGCCAAUAAUCAGACCUUGAGAGAGAAAAUCCUACAAGUCAACUCCCUGGUGGAAGCCUUUGGGAACGCACGUACUGCCAUCAAUGACAACUCGAGCCGUUUUGGAAAAUAUCUGGAAAUGAUGUUUACACCAACUGGAGUUGUGAUGGGGGCAAGAAUCUCUGAAUAUCUUCUUGAAAAAUCCAGAGUCAUAAAACAGGCAGCGGGAGAGAAAAAUUUUCACAUAUUUUACUAUAUUUAUGCUGGCCUUUAUCACCAAAAGAAGCUUUCUGACUUCAGACUCCCUGAGGAAAAACCUCCUAGGUACAUAGCUGAUGAAACUGGAAGGGUGAUGCACGACAUAACAUCCAAGGAGUCUUACAGAAGACAGUUUGAAGCAAUUCAGCAUUGCUUCAGGAUUAUAGGGUUCACGGACAAAGAGGUACACUCAGUGUACAGAAUUUUGGCUGGGAUUUUGAAUAUUGGGAACAUUGAGUUUGCAGCUAUUUCCUCUCAACAUCAAACUGAUAAAAGUGAGGUGCCCAAUGCUGAAGCUUUGCAAAAUGCUGCCUCUGUUCUGUGCAUCAGCCCCGAAGAGCUCCAGGAGGCGCUCACCUCCCACUGUGUGGUCACCCGGGGCGAGACCAUCAUCCGUGCCAACACCGUAGACAGGGCUGCAGACGUUCGAGAUGCCAUGUCCAAAGCCCUGUAUGGGAGGCUCUUCAGCUGGAUUGUGAAUCGCAUUAACACACUCCUGCAGCCAGACAAAAACAUAUGUAGUGCAGAAGAUGGAAUGAAUGUGGGGAUCUUGGAUAUCUUUGGAUUCGAGAAUUUUCUGAGAAAUUCAUUUGAGCAGCUCUGCAUAAACAUCGCCAAUGAGCAAAUCCAGUACUAUUUCAAUCAGCACGUUUUUGCUCUUGAACAGAUGGAAUAUCAGAAUGAAGGCAUUGAUGCUAUGCCCGUGGAAUAUGAGGACAACCGCCCACUCUUAGACAUGUUCCUCCAGAAACCCCUGGGACUGCUUGCACUUUUGGAUGAGGAAAGUCGGUUUCCCCAAGCAACUGACCAGACCCUGGUUGAUAAAUUUGAAGAUAAUCUACGAUGCAAAUACUUCUGGAGGCCCAAAGGAGUGGAGCUGUGCUUUGGCAUUCAGCAUUAUGCUGGAAAGGUAUUAUAUGAUGCUUCUGGGGUUCUUGAGAAGAAUAGAGACACUCUCCCUGCCGAUGUGGUUGUGGUCCUGAGAACAUCAGAAAACAAGCUUCUUCAGCAGCUCUUCUCAAUCCCUCUGACCAAAACAGGUAACUUGGCCCAGACAAGAGCUAGGACAACAGUGGCCUCAAGAUCUUUGCCUCCACAUUUCAGCGCUGGGAAAGCCAAGGUGGACACUCUGGAGGUGAUACGGCAUCCGGAAGAAACCACCAACAUGAAGAGGCAAACCGUGGCUUCUUACUUCCGGUAUUCUCUGAUGGACCUGCUCUCCAAAAUGGUGGUUGGACAGCCCCACUUUGUGCGCUGCAUUAAACCCAAUGAUGACCGAGAGUCCCUGAAGUUCUCCCGAGAGAGGGUGCUGGCCCAGCUCCGCUCCACAGGGAUUCUGGAGACAGUCAGCAUCCGCCGCCAGGGCUAUUCCCACCGCAUCCUCUUUGAAGAAUUUGUGAAAAGACCCUUUGCUCUGAGGGAAGCCAUCUUCUAUAUAAUGAAGCUACUCAGUCCUCUGGAGAGAACCAUGUGGCAAGGAGCUGAGGCCUCCUACCAACCGCCAGAGAGGAAUGGAAUCUUUCAACCAACAGCAGUGUAUUAUUACUUGGCAUUCAGAGCACAUCAAACACCUCUUGCUAGCAAAGAGAGCUGCGUGGCUAUCUUGGAAAAGUCCAGAUUAGAUCACUGGGUGCUGGGAAAAACAAAGGUUUUUCUCAAAUAUUAUCAUGUUGAGCAAUUAAAUUUGCUACUUCGAGAAGUCAUAGGCAGAGUGGUUGUGCUACAGGCAUAUACCAAGGGGUGGCUUGGAGCCAGGAGAUACAAAAAAGUCAGAGAGAAGAGAGAGAAGGGAGCCAUUGCCAUCCAGUCAGCCUGGAGAGGAUAUGAUGCUCGGAGGAAAUUUAAGAAAAUAAGCAACAGAAGGAGUGAGUCUGCUGUUCAUAUUCAAGCAGGGGACACUUCAAACCAAAGCAGUGGGCCGCAUUCCCCCAUCACAGUGGGCACCAGGGGAAGUGCCGAGGUUCAAGACUGCACCGAGUCUGGUGACCAUAAAGUUCCCCAGGGCUCUGCAGAUCAUAGAAGCCAUCCACAAGCAGAAUUCAACAGUGGCCAUGCACAGACUUCAAGCAACUCUCCUGCUGUCACAGAGAAAAAUGGGCAUUCACAAGCCCAGAGUUCUCCAAAAGGGCACGAUAUCUUCACAGGACAUGCAGACAAGCACUCAGUUUCUGGGACUGAUUUGCUGUCUUCUCGGAUACGCCAUCCUGCUCCAGAUUACCAAGGACUGAGUCUCCGGGGAGCCCCUCAAAAGCCUGGUUCAGAAAAUGGUCUCGCACAGAAGCAACGAACACCUCGCCGACGCUAUCAGCAGCCCAAAAUGUUGAGCAGCCCUGAGGACACCAUGUACUAUAACCAGUUAAAUGGAACUCUAGAAUAUCAAGGGAGCAAGAGGAAGCCAAGAAAACUUGGCCAAAUCAAAGUACUUGAUGGGGAAGAUGAAUAUUACAAAUCUCUGUCACCGGUGGACUGUGUCCCUGAGGAGAACAACUCAGCCCACCGGUCCUUUUUCUUGUCAUCCUCAAAAGGAGAUUCUUUUACUCAACAUUGACUUGUACCUCCUAGCCCCACAUCUGUCCAGAGUAGGAACACUCAUGAUAAUUGACUGUCACUGCAUAAGAAAGCACUGACAUGGGGUCAACUUCUUUGGACAUGCGAUCCAUGCCUGAGCCUUACUGAACAACUUGCAGAUUCCAAAACGUCUUAUCCUAUCUCUACCACUCUCCCACAUCUGUUGUACAGCCUCCCUUCCUUUCCUGUCCCAUAGGUCCCUAUGGGACACUGAGAACAGCUUUACAAUGGCAUGAACAGUCACUGAUGCCCCCACUGUCUAGGAAGAUAACAGUCUCACCACAGUCUCAUCAUGGACCCUGAUAAUAUUUCUUGAUUUUUCCUAUCAAGUUACUUUUCACUCCACUCAGAAGCUGUUCCAGUGGAGAUCCAGGAGUCCCUUUCCUGUGCUCUUCUCCACCCUCUCACCCUUGCUGGGCUCUUCUAUCACUCCCACCUCCCCAGGGUCAGGGCUCCACUGAUGAGUGCCCCAUCCUGGAAGAUUAGCCCCAAGAGCUCCUAGGACAGGAUAAUUGCCUGUGUUUAGGCAGAGGCACCUAAAUCUUUCAGAUUCUUCAACAAGGCAAAUAACCCCUCUCUUGCUAAUUAUUAUGCUGAGAAAGCCAUUGCCUCUUUAUUUCACCUUGCCAAGACACCCACACUACUUUAGUAGUGAAAAGAAAGGAGUGAGAGGGAAAGUCCGGGUCACUUUAUGCUGUAACUCUCCAUUCACUGGUCAAAUAACUCCAUGAGGCUAUUAGUGACUACAGUGGAAGGACCUGAUCUUGUCCACCUUUGUGUCCACCACGCCUAGCACAGUGCCUGACAGAGGGGACCAUCUAGUGAAUGAAGAACAGCUGGAGAGACUUCACUAAGUUACACAAGCAUCUGACAGAAAUGUUACUUUCAAUUUUAUGUUACAUGUGACUAAUCACUUUUUGUACACUAUAAACUCUGCUUUUUCACUCAAGCCUAAGCUAAUUCUAUUGUAAUGAUAUGUUAUAAUACUCAAUAUGAUUCAAUAUGACAAACUGUUUUGAGCACCUGCUUUAUAUAAAACAACAUGACAAACUGCUGUGUGAUGUAAACAAAAACAAAGCAGCCCUGUAAGACCCUUUCUCUAGAACAGAUGCUCUGAAUAUUUUUCUUACACUAAAAUAUGUGGUAGAUAGUAUGCAAGAAAAUACCUGAAUUUUGAGAAAAAUUACCUUGAAGAAAACCUUAUCAGAGCUUUGAAAUGGAGUGUGUUGAUAGGCAUCUUAUGAAGAUAAGUAAGGAGGCAUUUAAAGAUCUCAGAAAUUAUAAUUUUAGAAGUAAAAGAAAUAAAUAUAGCCCGUUUUUCAAUAGCUGAACUUCACUCAAAAGGUAAUGUUUAUAAGUAAGCAGAGCAGAAGAAAUGCAGAUAAGUUUUAUUUUAUUGUUCAAAAAAUAAUGCAUAGACUAUAUAAAUUUUUCAUGUCUAUUCAUAUAUGAGUGCUUUUGGAAGUUUCACUUUUAUCAUUGAUUUGAUAGUAAUAGCUGCUUUUCAAAUUGUUGAAUGGAAAUGUUCAUAGCUCCCUGCUUGUCCAUGUACAAUGUAAUUCUAAACCUGGCUUGUUUCUAAUGUAAAUAUAUCUAUAAAUAAAGUGAAAAAGAAAACAGAAGUAAUCAUAGAAUCCUAAUCCAGAAGCUCUGCUUGGUUACGUCAUGAAUACAGCUGCCCUCCUAAGAGUACUUGAGAAACGAUGUGCACUUUUAGUCACAGCAUAGAGAAGACAGAUAGACUACAGACAUUUAUUCUUGUGCUAGUCACAGUGCCACAAACUCAAAAAGCAAUUUUUAAACGAAGUAGAUGAGAAUGAUGCAACCUGGACUCUUGUAACUGAUUACAUUUAUCAAAGUAAUAUGCACAUGACAAAAAUCAAAUGGUCCCGAGGGUUUAUAGUGAAGCAGUCUUUCUUUCCACGUCCCCUCUCCAGGAAGCAGUCAUUGUUUAACCCUAUUUCUAAUUCUUCUAAUGA